AUGGUCUGUUCAAUGUUGCUGCUGAAAAGUCUCAAUUCUUUAGUGAGUGUAUUGGCUAAUUUCCUGCAGGCAAUCCUCCAAAGCCUACCAAACCAAAUUCUCAUGCUCAUUGCCACUAAGCUAAACGUUCGUGACAUGGCCACCUUGGGCAAAUCAUGUUGGAAUCUUUACCACAGAUCGCAGCCCAGCAUCCUCGAGUACAACAUUCAACACCAGAACAGCAAUCUCCUGCACCUGGCAGCCAGAGACAACGACUAUGCUCGGGCCGAGCUCAUGCUUCUUUAUGGUGCCAAUGCCAACACCUUCCUGCGUGGAAAGACUGCUUUGAUGAGAGCUAUUCAACAUGGAUCGAUAGACGUUCUCGGACUUCUGCUCAGUCAUCAGAAGAUAGAUCAUAGGAUGCUAAAUCGAGAGGGAGAAAGUGCCUCGACCUACGCUGUCAAAUACGGAACCUGUGCAGGCAAGGAAAGGUUGGCCAAGCCCCAACUUGAUAUCACAAUCCGAGAUGAACACGACCGAACUGUGCCUAGUGGCCAUUUGCACCGGUCACAUUGCAUUUCUUCCGUGGCUGUGGAUUCCGCUCGAUGGUCUGAGAGCUAA